AUGUCUCUCCCCGUUCUUGCAACAGGCCACGCAGACAUCGUCGACGACACCGAAGGCAACUGGUGGGCAGUGUUCCUAGCCACUCGCCCCCAGAACCCGAGAAACAGCAGUGGACUGCCUCAACUUGGCCGCGAGACAUUCUUGUGCCCCGUGACGUGGGACGAGAAUGGCUGGCCCAUUUUCAAUAGCAAUGAGCCGAUUAGCGAGCAUAUCCCGGGUGUCCUAUACGACCUUGACAGACCUCUAAUCUGGCGUGACGAUUUUGAGGGCGGGCUGGUGGACAAGUCAUACUACUACCUGCGGACGCCAUACAAGGACUUCAAAGACUUUGAGUCUAGCCCAGGAAAACUUCGUGUCAGAGGGAACGUGUAUACGCUCAAUGACCGAGAAACCCCUGCGGCGCUACUUCGAAAGCAGGCCGACAUUAACGCCACCUUUAGCACCGAAGUCAGCGCGUUUAGACCAGACUCUUGGAGACAAGAGGCAGGUGCUAGUGUGUACCUCAGCAUCCACUACCACAAUGAAAUCGCCAUCGGAUACUCGAAUGACACAGGCAAGAGAUGUAUCGUUACUCAUACCAGAACUGGUCCCGAUGCAACGCUGAAUACUACAUAUGUCGAGGACGAAGAGGUUGCCUCGGGUGUUCCGGUGAAGCUUUUCAUUGAGGCAAAGGAGGUUGGUUAUCGGCUUGGAUAUUCGACUGGCUGCAAAGCUCCGCGGUGGCUCGCCAGCGUUGAAAACCGCUGGUUGCAGUCCUAUGUGGAGGGCUGGCAGAACUUUGUCGGAACGCACUUUGCUAUCUACAACACUGGCAAUAAGCUCCCAACAUUGAGUGCGGCUGACUUUGAGUACAUUCAGACGGAAAUGAACUAG